AUGGAAACUACCAAAGACGAUUGGAAUGAAAGCAUGCGUCUGAACAACCUUGGUGUUCAAUAUCUCCUUCAAGGAAUCCUAAAGAAAGCUUGUCAGUGCUUUCGUGAAGCCGCCGAAUACAAUGAGAAAGCUUCCUAUGAAUCAUCUAUCGAUGAGUUUGGAGUGUAUGCCAACGAAUGGGUCAGUUUAUCACAAGCGAUCAAUAUCAUGCAUGAAGAACCAUUCCGGCCUAGCGUGUUGUCCAUUGGCCACAAGAUCCAAGAAGAUACCUUUUUUUCAGAUACAGACCGAAGGAAGUAUGUCUUUACGAGUCGCUUGGAUUGGAUCAUCGAUUUCAACCUUGCCACUGCCCUGCAGCUCUGUGGAAUCUUACUACAUGAUGGUAGCAGUCUUACGCAAGCUUACAAACUUUACGAUGAAAUGUCCACAGAUGUAAUUGAAUGGAACGACUAUUCUGUGUCUGUCGAUAUGGCCAUGUUCUUGAUGACGAUAUAUCAAAAUCAAAGAAUCAUUUGUAAACUGUACCAAAAUGAGCAGUUGGCAGUCGUGCUCUUCUUGCGGAUACGACACAUUCAGCAGUCUUUCAAUGGCAUGAUGGUGCGACCAGAUUGCAUUGUUAUUGACUUGAAUGGCGUUGGAUCCUCAUUGCAACAGCAAAUAUCGCUCUCAACACUGCUGUGCAAGGAUGAUCACUGCGCACCAGUUGCCUGA